AUGGACAAGAGUUGGAUGAUGAUACGUGAUAGGUUGAAAAGUAAAGAGCACCAACAAGGUGUUAAGUCAUUUAUUGACUUUGCUACGAAGGACUUAGGCCUACACGAUGACAUUCGUUGUCCGUGUGUUGAUUUCUUGAAUGGAACAAAACAUAGUCGACAAGUUGUACGGCUACACUUGAUUCGAAGAGGAAUCGCUUGUUCUUAUAGAACUUUGGUGCACCAUAGGGAACGUGUUCCAUUGCGUCAUGAUCAGCCUAGUGUGUCAAACGAUGCUGGUGAAAGAGAUGGAGCUGAAAUUUUUGACAUUGACGAUCAUUUGGGUGAGUCGCCUACUAUGUUGGAAGAGAUUUACAUGAGUGGCCUCAUGGAUGAUCAUAUCGACGAAGAACCUAAUAGCUCGGAGAGAGAAAACUUAGUAAAGUUCAUUAGGUUGUUUGAUGAUGCUCGACGCAAAGUGUACUCGGAGUGUGAAAAGUUUUCUGUGUUGUCCUUCGUUAUUAAGAUGCUUCAUAUUAAGGUGUACAAUAAAUGGGGCAACAAAUCUUUCGAUAUGGUUAUGCAAGUUUUCAAAGACAUUCUCCCAAAGUGUCAUGAAACUGUUCCAUGGACCCUUUAUGAAUCGAAAAAGUUCUUACGUGAAUUGCGUUUGGGAUAUGAGGCCAUUCAUGCAUGCAAGAAUGAUUGUAUUUUGUUUUGGAAGGACAAUGCAAAACUGGAUAAUUGCCUUACAUGUAAGGAGUCUAGAUACAAGUUCACCAAUGCGAGUGGUAAAAAGAUUCCUCACAAAAUAUUGAGGUACUUUCCAUUGACACCGAGGUUGAAGAGAUUGUACAUGUCGAAAAAAACCGCCGUAGAUAUGAGAUAA